AAUGACUCCAAUUGUUAGGGCGGAGAGACAUGUAUUUUGUCAGUGUACCCAUCAUCUUUGCUGUAACAUAGUUACAACGAUUACAUCACGGACACUGUAUCCAGUUUCACUAUUUGCCACAAAGUCAAAAUUGUCUAGGCCUACAGUAUAUCAAAACAAUUCAUGAAAACAAAAUUGUGCUUUUUGGUUUCAUUUAAGGUUAGGCAUAAGGUUAGUAGUGUGGUUAAGGUUAGGGUUAUGUAAUCAGAUUUUAAUAAGAGGAAUUGUAGUAAUAUGCGGGGUUUAGCGCCGGUGACGCUAGCAAUCUGAUUGGUUGGUGGCACUCACACAAGAGCACCUCGGCGCAAGCAAUUCUAUGAUAUGGGACGAAGAAAACGGUCAUUGCCUGUUCAGCAGGGGGAAAAUGAGGAUUUGGAGGCAAAACAUGCACGAAUUGAGGAAUCUGAUGGUUGGAUGGGCGUCAACGAGCACAGCUUCAUAGCUGUGAAACCGGAUGGUGUGCACCGGAGGCUAGUGGGAGAGAUCAUCCGGCGCUUUGAGAAAAAGGGCUUCAGAUUGGUGGGAAUGAAACUAGUCCAGGCGUCCGAGGAUCUCUUGAGAGAGCACUACUGGGACCUGAAAGACAAACCCUUCUUCAAUGGAUUGGUGCGCUACAUGAGCUCUGGACCCAUCGUUGCCAUGGUGUGGCAAGGUCUGGAUGUGGUGAAGAUGUCUCGCAAGAUGCUGGGAGAGACCAACCCGGCAGACUCCCUACCAGGAACCAUCAGAGGAGACUACUGUAUGGAAGUGGGCAGGAAUGUGAUCCAUGGCAGUGACUCUGUGGAGAGCGCUCAGAGAGAGAUCUCUCUGUGGUUCAGGCAGAAUGAGCUACAGUGCUGGGAGGACAGCAGCGGACACUGGAUCUACGAGUGACACACACACACCACUUGUAGACCACCCAAGUGCCUUCAGAAACGAUUUACUUUUUCCACAUUUUGUUUUUCUAAGCAGGAUUAAAAUUGAUUUAAUUGUCUUUUUUUUGUCAAUGGCCUACACAAUACUUUGUGAAAGUGAAAGAAAUUCUAACAUAUGUACAACAUAUGUACAAAUAUUCAUGAAAAAUAGAACACUAAUACAUCUUUGAUAAGUAUUCAUACCCCUGAGUCAAUACAUGUUAGAAUAACCUUUGGCAGCAAUUACAGCAGUGAGUCUUUCUGGGUAAGUCUCUAAGAGCUUUACACACCUGGAUUAUACAAUAUUUGCACAUUAUUCUUUUGAAAAUUCUGUCAAGUUGGGUGUUGAUCAUGCUAGACAGCUAUUUUCAAGUCUUGCCAUAUAUUUUCAAGCUGAUUUAAGUGAAAACUGCAACUACGCCACUCAGGAACAUUCAAUGUUGUCUUGGUAAGCAACGCCAUUGCCUUCAGAAAGUAUUCACACCCCUUUUCCCACAUUUUGUUGUUACAGCCUGAAUUUAAAAUUGAUUAAAUUGAGAUUGUGACACUGUCCUACACACAAUACCCCAUAAUGUCAAAGUGGAUUUAGGUAUAUUAUUAUUAUUUUUUUUACAAAUUAAUAAUUUAAAAGCUGAAAUGUUUUGAGUCAAUAAGUAUUCUACCCCUUUGUUAUGGCAAGCCUAAAUAAGUUCAGGAGUAAAAAUUUGCCACACAAGUUGCAUGGACACUCUAUGUCCAAUAAUAGUAGUGUUUACAUUUUUUUUUAUGACUACCUCAUCUCUGUACCCCACACAUAUCUGUAAGGUCCAGCAGUAGAUCAGUGAAUUUCAAUCACAGAUUUAACCACAAAGACCAGGGGGGUUUUUGAAAGCCUCGCAAAGGACACCAAUGGGUAUAAAAAAGCAUUAAAUAUCCCUUUGAACAUGGUGAAGUUAUGAAUUACAUUUUGGAUGGUGUAUCAAUACACCUAGUCACUACAAAGAUACAGGUCUCCUUCCUAACGACGUUGCCAAAGAGGAAGAAAAUCUCGCUGGGAUUUCACCAUGAGGCCAAUGGUGACUUUAAACCAGUUACAGCAUUAAAUGGCUGUGAUAGGAGAAAACUGAGGAUGGAGAAACAAUAUUGUAGUUACUCCACAAUACUAACCUAAAUGAAAGAGUGAAAAGAAGGCAGCCUGUGCAGAAAAAAAAAGUCAAAACAUGCAUCCUGUUUGCAAUAAGGCACUAAAGUAAAAUUGCCAAACAUUUUGAAAUUAACUAUGUCCUGAAUACAAAGCAUUAGGUUUGGGGCAAAUCCAACACAAUGCAUCACUGAGUACCACUCUUCAUAUUUCCAAGUAUGGUGGUGGCUGAAUCAUGUUAUGGGUAUGCUUGUCAUCAGCAAGGACUAGGGAGUUUUUUAGGAUAAAAAUACAUUAAAUAGAGCUAAGCACAGGCAAAAUCCUAUUGCAAAACCUGGUUCAGUCUGCUUUCCAACAGACACUGGGAAACAAAGUCACCUUUCAGCAGGACAAUAACCUAAAACACAAAGCCAAAUAUACACUGGAGUUGUUCCUGAGUGGCCUAGUUACAGUUUUGACUUAAAUUAGCUUGAAAAUCUAUGACAAGACUUGAAAAUGGCUGUCUAGCAAUGAUUAACAACCAACUUGACAGAGCUUGAGGAAUUUUUUAAAUAAUAAUGUAAUUAUUGUAGAAUCCAGGGUCCCGAUCCAAGUUAAGCGAGCUUAAAUGGUACGUAAUUCACUUUUUAUGCACUUUUCUCUCUGCUUAUUCUGACCUUAAAUCUUAAAGGAAAACUCCACCGAAAAACAAAAGUUUUGGUAUUUGGUUAAUUAGUGCAUUGCUGAUCUAGUCCCAAAACGUUUUGCAUGUCAGCAAUCAAGUUUUCAAGAUGUCUAACUUUGAAAAUACAGAAAUCUGACCCGUAUGAUGCAUUUAGCAUUAUUUGAUGCAAAACACAGAUGUUUCAUGAGAUGAAAUAAAAGAUCCCUGAAAUGUUU